AUGUCUACCUCCAAUAAUGUUCAAACAACGUCUGCAUUUCCCUCAAAUGAUUCAUGCUCGCAGUUUUCUAACGGCGUCGCUCUACUAUUACAUACCUGGACUGCGUUAAAGUUUGCGGUCGAAGGUCAAUGGGGUGGUGUCGACUCGGAGGAGAAACGCGCGUGGUUAGCUGGUGUGGUGGUAGAGCAGUUCGAACAAAACGGUAAAGAAACACACGCAGAUGAACUCGAAUCAAUUCUAUUACAAGUAAUGUCUGAUGAAUUUAACACGAUACUCGAAGAUGAUUCUGCAUAUCAAAUCUCACAAGAUUUAGUAAAAUUAUACAAUGAAUGCCUACAAAGCAAUUACGCGACAAUUGAUGCAUUACAAGAGAAAUUUUUGCGGCAAAGAAAUUCAACGAGGGGAGCACAAAUUCGCGACGACGACGAUGAUAGUAGUAAUGACGAAGAAUUUAACGAUGAAAUGGAGACUGAUGAGAAUGAAAAAGAUGGUGAGUCUUCUACACAAACUACUUCAAAGUCGCGGUCACCUAUUAUUGAUGAUGAUGGAUUUCAAUUGGUAACACGGCGACAUAGAUAA